AUGGUGGAUUUGGGAUAUGAACCUAAUACCGUCACAUUCAACACUCUAAUCCAUGGACUCUUUCUCCACAACAAAGUCUCAGAGGCAGUGGCUUUAGUUGAACGGAUGGUGCUGAAAGGUUGUCAACCAGAUUUGCUUACUUAUGAAAGGUAUAGACCUGACGUUUUCACCUACAACACCCUGAUAAGCUGCCUUUGUAAUUACGGAAGAUGGGAAGAUGCUGCUGGACUACUGAGUGAUAUGAUUGAGAAGAAAAUCAACCCGGAUGUUGUUACGUUCAAUGCUUUGAUCGAUGGGUUUGUGAAAGAGGGGAAGCUUUUGGAGGCCGAGAAAUUGUACGAGGAGAUGAUAAUAGGUCUAUAG